AUCCUGAAAUCCGUGGAAGAUCAUUCCUAAUUUUCCACCAUCCAGAUUGAAGGAAGAAAAAAAAAUCAGAAGAAUGGAUGAUGAAAUUGUGAUGUUCAUGAAGGUGUGGCUCACAACCAUCUCAUGUCUCUGCUACUGUUAUUACAUAUCUUCUACAAUACCAAAAGGAUUCUUCAGACUUCUCUCCCUCCUUCCAAUUCUCUACCUCUUCCUCAUCCUUCCUUUCAAUCUCUCAUCCUUCCACCUUGGUGGCCCCACCACCUUCUUCCUUGUUUGGCUGGGCACUUUCAAACUCCUCCUUUUCUCCUUCAACCAAGGCCCUCUUGCUCAAUCACCCUCAAACAUUCUCCAUUUCAUCUCCUUAGCUUCCCUCCCCAUCAGCCUCAACCACAACAUCUCCAAACCCAAACUCAAACCCAAAUGGCUUUUUCCCCUAAAAGUGCUUAUCUUUCCCUUCAUCAUACAUGCUUACAACUACACCCACAAUCUCCACCCCUAUUUCAUCUUAUUCCUUUACUGCUGUCACAUGUACCUUGGCAUAGAACUUUUCUUAGCCCUCACUGCUAUCCCGGUUCAAACCCUUCUAGGGUUUGACUUGCAACCUCAAUUCGACGAACCUUACCUUUCAACUUCCCUUCAAGACUUUUGGGGUCGUAGGUGGAACCUAAUGGUUACUGGUAUUCUACGUCCCUCCGUAUUCCACCCCGUAUACCGUAUAUCUACACGUUUUCUGGGUCCCUCUUGUUCCGCCUCCACUGCUGUGCUGGCUACUUUCCUUGUGUCCGGACUCAUGCAUGAGUUAAUAUAUUAUUAUCUCACACGCGCGCCUCCCACGUGGGAAGUUACCUGCUUUUUUGUGCUCCAUGGGGUGUGCACGGUGGCGGAGGUGGCGGUGAAAAAGGUGAUGCUCCGCCGUGGGUGGCGGUUGCAUGGAGUGGUGUCGACGGCGCUUGUGUUGGCGUUCUUGGCGGCAACCGGGAGGUGGUUGUUUUUUCCUCAAUUGUUGAGGAAUGGUGUGGAGAAAAAGGCCAUCGAGGAGUGUGCAACAUUGGUGAAUUUUGUGAUGUCGAAGCUACAGUUGCAUUUGUUAACUUUUUCAUUGUUCUGAGAAUGUUUCUGGAGAAUGAUUUUGUUACCAUUCUUAAAAUAAAGUUACCAUUUAUGUAUCAGAGGAUUCGUGAUGAUGCUGAUAUUUUGAGGUUUAUGUCUAUUGUUGUGAAGGGUGUUCACAACCAAAUAAUUUAUACAAUUACGGAAGAUUAAUGUAAUAAGAAUCGACGGAUUAAA